AUGCGGUUGGUGGGCAUGUCAGGGCUCCGCCGUGAUGAAGAGCAAGGCAAAGGGAAUGCGACGGUUUACCUUGAGUUGAGAUUAACAAAGCUCAUUGUGUCUUUUUUUUUUUUUUUUAAUAUUUAUUUCCAAAGGAAAAUUACUCAACCAGUUUUGAAGUUUCUGGGUCAUGCCAUGUUCUUAUCCAUGGGAUUCAUGGUCACCGUGAAAGGAAAGGUGGCGGGUCCUGCGGAGGCACCAAUAUUUGUCGCUGCCCCUCAUUCAACUUUCUUUGAUGGAAUUGCCUGUGUCGUAGCCGGGUUACCUUCCAUGGUGUCUCGAAACGAGAACGCACAGGUGCCUCUGAUUGGCAGACUUUUACGAGCUGUGCAGCCAGUGCUGGUGUCCCGUGUAGAUCCGGAUUCUCGAAAAAACACAAUAAAUGAAAUAAUAAGGCGAGCAACAUCAGGAGGACAGUGGCCGCAGAUACUAGUUUUCCCAGAAGGUACUUGUACUAAUCGUUCCUGUUUGAUUACUUUUAAACCAGGGGCCUUCAUUCCAGGGGUUCCCGUGCAGCCGAUCCUCCUUAGGUACCCGAACAAGCUGGAUACCGUGACGUGGACAUGGCAGGGAUAUACAUUCAUUCAGCUCUGUAUGCUCACUUUCUGCCAGCUCUUCACAAAGGUGGAAGUUGAGUUUAUGCCUGUUCAAGUACCAAAUGAUGAAGAAAAAAACGAUCCCAUCCUUUUUGCCUGUAGAGUCCGGAGUCUAAUGGCAGAAGCUUUGGGAAUUCCAGUAACAGACCACACUUAUGAAGACUGCAGAUUAAUGAUCUCAGCAGGACAGCUAACAUUGCCCAUGGAAGCUGGGCUGGUGGAAUUUACCAAAAUUAGCCGGAAAUUGAAGUUAGAUUGGGAUAGCAUUCGUAAGCAGUUGGACGAGUACGCAACCAUUGCCUGUUGUUCCAAAGGAGGAAGAAUUGGAAUUGACGAAUUUGCAGAGUAUUUAAAGUUGCCUGUUUCAGAUGUCUUGAGACAACUCUUCACACUCUUUGACAGGAACCAUGAUGGCAGCAUUGACUUCCGAGAGUAUGUGAUUGGCCUGGCUGUCCUGUGUAACCCUGCCAACACGGAGGACAUCAUCCAAAUGGCAUUUAAGCUCUUUGAUGUUGAUGAGGACGGCUUCAUCACAGAGGAAGAGUUUUCCACCAUUUUGCAGGCCUCCCUUGGGGUGCCCGACCUGGAUGUUUCCGGUCUCUUCAAGGAAAUAGCCCAGGGGGAUUCUGUUUCGUAUGAGGAAUUUAAAAGUUUUGCCCUAAAGCAUCCACAAUAUGCGAAGAUAUUUACAACCUACUUAGACCUCCAGACGUGCCAUGUGUUUUCAUUACCAAAAGAAGCCCAGGCAGCUCCCUUGAUCGCCAGCAAUAAAGUCAGUCCCGAAAAUCACGACGAGAGCACCUCAGACAAAAAGGAUGAUUAAAAGCAAA